AUGGCUGCGACGAGAAAGUUGCAAGGUGAAAUAGAUCGGUGCCUUAAAAAAGUGACAGAGGGUGUGGAGACCUUUGAAGACAUUUGGCAGAAAGUUCAUAAUGCCACUAAUAGCAAUCAGAAGGAAAAAUAUGAAGCAGAUCUUAAGAAAGAAAUCAAAAAACUUCAGAGGUUACGCGAUCAAAUUAAAAGUUGGAUCGCAUCUGGAGAAAUCAAAGAUAAAAGCACACUUCUUGACUACAGGAAGUUAAUCGAAACUCAAAUGGAAAGGUUUAAAGUUGUUGAAAGAGAAACAAAAACCAAGGCCUAUUCUAAGGAAGGGUUAGGGGCUGCACAGAAACUUGAUCCAGCUCAAAAAGAAAGGGAAGAAGUUAGCAAUUGGCUUGCAAAUUCGAUAGAUGCUUUAAACCUCCAGCUGGAUACAUUUGAAUCUGAAAUAGAAUCAUUACUGGCUGGAAAGAAAAAACGGUUAGAUAAAGAUAAGCAAGAUAGAAUGGAUGAAUUAAAAGCAAAGCUAGAUAAGCAUCGUUACCAUAUCCGUAAAUUGGAGACAUUAUUGCGCAUGUUGGAUAAUAUGUCUGUUGAAGUUGAUACAAUCAAGAGGAUAAAAGAUGACGUUGAAUAUUAUAUUGAAUCAUCUCAAGAGCCUGACUUUGAGGAAAAUGAAUACAUUUAUGAUGAUAUUAUUGGUCUUGAUGAAGUAGAGUUGUCUGGGGUUGGUAUUCCCUCUGCAGCAACAACAGAUAGCAAUAAUAGCAAUGAGACUGGAGGUACACCAACCUCGACUAACUCUGGUACUUCACCCAUACCUUCACCGCCAUUGAGUUCUACUAUGCACAACCAUUCAAGUGAUAGUUCCACGGAUAUAGACAAAAAAACAAAGCCUGUAAAACCAACAGCAGUCAGGCCGUUACUCAAUUCUCAAGCGAGCAUUCCAACCACGGGAAGCACUGCCACAAUAAAGUCGAAUUUAUUAUCCAGCAGCACUCCAAGCAAGACCAUUCCCAUGACAUCUAGCCAUAGCUCGCCUAGUUCUACUAGUAAUCACAUUGCAACAACUAAUGCUGGAAAUUUUGCCACAGUAGCUGCUUCGCAUAGUAAUUCACAAACCAUCCAUUCUACCUCUAGUAAAACAUCAUCUCAUAGCAGUGAAAACGGAUUACUGUCAUCGUCAUCUACAUCCAGCGUUACCUCGAACGUACAACAAUCGAUCUCGCAGCAACAUAAUAACACAGCACCUGUUCAGACAACUCAUAUAUUACAUAGUCAGCAAAGUCAAAAUCACAAUAGUGAAGCAGAAAUGACAACACCAAUCCCACCGUCUUCUUCGCCACAAUCUUCGGUUAGCACUAGGUCUUCACCUCUACCUGCGAAUUCAUGCUCGCCAGCGCCAUCCACUGCCAAUGGUCUCAUCCCUAAACUUCCUGAUGGCAUGUCCUCUUUAAAAUCUAUUGCCCAACAAGUCAUUGUCCGAGCAGGUCUGGAGAUACCACCAUCUGAGCCAAAUAGAAACAUCUUUGACAGUGCGAAGGCAAACAAUAAUAACAACGCCACUUCGGAAGCACACAUUCCACCUUUACUUGGCGUAGCACCACUGGGUCCGGUACCUUUGCAAAAGGAACACCAGUUACAGUUCCAGAUGAUGGAAGCUGCUUACUACCAUAUGCCUCAUCCUUCAGAUUCCGAACGUUUACGGUCGUACUUGCCAAGAAAUUUAUGUCCUACACCACCAUACUAUCAACAGGUACAACUUCCUCAUUCGGAUACUGUAGAAUUCUUCCAACGUCUUUCUACGGAAACAUUGUUUUUUAUUUUUUAUUAUAUGGAAGGUUCCAAAGGUCAAUACUUGGCGGCGAAAGCUCUGAAAAAACAAAGUUGGAGGUUUCAUACAAAAUACAUGAUGUGGUUUCAAAGACACGAAGAGCCUAAAGUUAUUAAUGAGGAAUAUGAACAGGGAACCUACAUCUAUUUUGAUUAUGAAAAGUGGGGACAAAGAAAGAAAGAAGGCUUUACUUUUGAGUACAAGUACUUAGAGGACAGAGACCUGAAUUAACAGAUCUAUUAUUUGUGGAGUCUCUGAAAUGCACUAUUUCUGUACCGAUAUCCAAAACUGAAAAGACAGAUUUUAUUUUUUACGAUUCUAUAUUUUCACAAAAUAUAAUUUUAUUUAUUGGUAAAGAGUAUCUCAGAAAAGUUAAACAAAAAAAACAAAGAUACGAACUUGUGCAUAGCAGACAAUGAAGGCACUUCAUUAUAUUUCGACGUUGCGAUGGUAAAUCUCCCCUAUUCCUUUCCAAGAAUGUAAACAAAAGUGAAAUAAUGGAGUACGUUUAUUGGGGACAGUAAAUUGUAAUUACGAAUGAUAAUGAUAUGAAUGGCACCAGAGACACACUUUCAACAAUUUAGUGUGUAGGUGUGUGAUACAAGAGGAAGAAGUUAUACUCGCUGGCGACUGACUCUGUAAUACCAGUACAAACAUGCGUGCGGCCCAUCUGCCGUUUAGCGGUAAGAUGGAGGGCGCUCAUGCUAUGGUAUGUCUUAAUGUUAGAUUAUAAGUAGCCUUUUUGUAUAAAGUAUAUUGAGGUAUAAAACCCUUGAAUUGAAUUACUGUACAGAAUGUGUAGAAAUAGUGAAUAAUAAUAUUAUGGAAUAUAUUUUAUUUCUCAUUUAAAUGAAACCUAAGUUGUUUCAAUUUCUGUCACUUGCACAUCUUGACCUGUAUUUGGAACAUUCCAUCCAUUAGAUUCUGCUCGACUAGUUUACUUAUAUUCGUUUUAACGAUUUAAAAGAGAUCCGAGCUCAUCGUAAGGUCUAAAACUGAUUAAAAAUAUUAAACUAAUAGCAUACUAGAGAGUAGACUACUUUACGCGCCACACGCCUUGUAAUUUCAGAUUUAAUACAUUUUCUUUUGAGUAUUUUGCGAUUCGACUAUGUGUUCGUCGAAUGGCGACCCGUGAUAAUCGCUAAUGCAUAUGUAUUUAUAUAUUUUAAAAAGAGACAGAGUCACAUUGUACGAAUUUAUUUAUUAUAACUGUCGGUACUUUGCCACCGAGAGAAUAUAGGAUUGAAAGAAAUAUUUAAUAUAUAAGAAAAUUUAACACAAGCAUACAUUUUCAUUUUCUUAUUUUUUUUUAUAUGUAUUUUCUCAUAUCGAGCAGAGUUAAUAGUAUCGGCAUUUGAAAUAAAUAACUUCAGACAAAGUCUUUGCUUCAGAGACUGAAGUAAUCGCUUGCACGCGCGCUGUUCGUUAUUAUAAACGCUCUCGACAACGAGAUUAAACUUAUAUCAUUUAGUGAUAAUAAGAUUGAGAUUCUCGUACGUUCGAUUAGUAUAGAGAUUUAAUCUAAAUAUUGAUUAAAGUAUAAAUAUACUUUAAGCAGAAAUUCCUGUUACAAAAAUGCAGCGAUGGAUAUUUGCAUGAUGAACCCACCCAAUGCAUUUUUUCAAUUUACUUCAAAUAGACAACCAGGUGCAUAAAUAUAUAUAUAUACAAAUGUAUAUUUAUAUAUAUAUAUUGUAGCUUUGAAAAAGAUGAUAUUGCAGUGAAAGGUUGUGUGCACACACACACACACACACACAUGUAUAGUUAAAUAUGAAUUUAUUAUUCUUAGCAUGUUCAGCAAAGUUUCGUGAUGUGUCAUACACUUUCUUAUACUGAUAACUUUCUUUAAUAUAUAUAUAUAUAUUGACAGCGUUGCGCUUGUUAAUAAUGCAUUAAUAAUCAGGAUAGAUUAUUAAGAAAAACAAUUUAUAUAGCACCAUUUUUUUUUUGUUAAUCAAUUAAUUGUAUUUUUAAAGAUGUAUUUAUAUAGAUAUAUAUAUAUAUAUAUAUCUAUACUUGACAAUUUUCACUUUAAACAGCAUCACAAUAUUUUCUAGUGCACAUUAUGUCAAAACUAAACUCACACAAAUAUUCAAAGACUAAAGGAUUUAUUACCACUUUAUACAAUUAAUAACAAUUUAUUAGAUUUUAGAAAUCACUGUAAUUAUAAAUAUUUGGUGGAACAUUAACUGUUCCCUUAAUCUUUAUCUUAAAACAAACGUAGAGUUGUAUUGAUCAUUUUAAGAGAAACUUGGAGAGAAAUUUAUCAAUCAAUUUUGCAAUAGUUUGCUGUGUUCAUUAUACAUAAUGUUCAUAUUAUCUUUUAAAUAGUUUUCUAUUUAUCUAUAUACAAGAUUUUCUUUAGCUUGCAUUUUUUUAUAAACAGGAUUCUGCUUUAUCAAUCUUACUUUAUAUUUUAUUCAAAGCGUGCAAGUAGACAUGUUGACUAUAUAAUAACACGUUUUGCCUCGGUGCUUCAUUAAUUUCACCUAACAGAUUAAUUGCAGAUGAUAAAUGGCAAUGGUAAAAGUUGUGAUUUUUAUUACAUAUUUUAUUGUGAUUAUUCGAGCGAGAGAUAAAUAAUAUUCGCUCUGUGAAAAGACUUAAAAUCAUUAUAAUGCAAUGCUAAUUUUCUCAGUAUUAUAAAGAUUCUCCUUAUUUCUUAGCUUUUUACUUAUGCUUACAUUUAUUCUGCAUAAUCUUUAUCGCAGUUUAUCCCAAAAUAUUCUUGUACAUUGAAAUUCGCGUGAUGGUAAGUGAUAAACGCAUCAGGAAGCUCAUUUCCACCAUACUGUUACACUAAAAAAUUUUGAAAUUGAAAAAAAAAAAAAAAAAAUUUUGUAAAUUAAAUUACUUGAAAAUUAUAUAUAAAGGCUAUAAGUCUGGGUCAAAUAUUCAUAUGAGGGAAAUGGAGUGGUUUAUAAAUAAAAAGUAACGAUGAUAAUAAAA